AUGGUCGUGGUAGUGUUGUAACAUACAGUACAGUGUCACCUCAUGGCCACAACAACAGCUUCACUAUAGCUCUUGGAGGAGAGAAAAGUUGUGCCAUGUCUGACUGUGAGGACAUGCCUGCCCUCGAGGACGACGACGACCGGCCUCACACCUCGCCGCCGCCAACUCGUACCUCUCGUGUUAAUAACUCGUCGCCUCCAGAAAAAAUGACGUGUAGAAAUGAAUGUUCGGACGACGACGAAGAAGAGGAAGAAGACUGGGAGGAAAUGGAAGAAGUCGUCAUCGGGAAAACACUGUGUCUGUUCUGUGGCGACGUGUUAUCCUCCGUACAGGUCGCCUUUGCGCACAUGAUUGACGCACACGGAUUCGACUUUGUUGCCUUCGUGUGCAAGUUUAAUUUAGAUCAAAUCGGUUACAUCAAACUGGUUAAUUAUAUUCGAGGGGAACGGCCGCGACCGGACAAGUUAUUCGGCGAAGACAAGAUCAAGUGGGAGAGUAAUUGUUAUAUGAAACCUGUCUUAGAUGAGGACUCCUUGCUUAUGUAUGAUGUGGAGGAAGUAACGUGCGGGCAAGAGCAACUGAAUCAGAGCGCAGAAACCAAGUAUAACGAAGCGACUUAUGAAGAGUUAACAGAGAUUAUCAGCAAGCAACGGGAAGUUAUGCAGAGAAUGUUGCAAGCUGUUCAAGCCAACAGUAAGAACGACGAUGUCUUGGUAAAAACAGUAGGGGACAUGAGGCCCGAGGACGACGAGGGGUACUUCAACUCCUACGCCCACUUCGACAUCCACCACGAAAUGCUCUCGGAUCAAGUAAGAACUGAAUCAUACAGGGAUGCUAUUUUGAACAAUUCAGCUCUUCUGUGUGGCAAGAGAGUGUUGGAUCUUGGAUGUGGGACGGCCAUCUUGUCCAUGUUCAGUGCCAGGGCUGGAGCUGUGGUCACAGGUGUAGACAUGUCAGAGGUCAUCUACCAGGCUCUAGAUAUUGUCAAAGAGAACCGGCUGGAUGAGGCCAUCACGUUACAUAAAGGCAGACUGGAGGACUUGCAGUUUGACCACAAGUUUGACUUCAUUGUUUCUGAAUGGAUGGGCUACUUCCUUCUGUUUGAGGGCAUGUUGGACUCUGUGCUCUACGCCCGCGAUAAACACCUGGUUGAGGGAGGUCUACUGCUCCCCAACAGAUGUACGAUGCACCUCGUAGGGAUGGAGGACAUGAGUACAUACAGUAAGCUGGUAGCCUUCUGGGAUGACGUGUACGGGUUCAAGAUGUCGUGUAUGCAGAAGGAGGUAAUCAAGGAAGCCACCACAGAUAUAGUGAAGGAAGAAUGUAUUAUUACUUCAGCAGACCAGAUUGCCGACUUUGACCUCAUGAAAAUCACUUCAAGAGACACGGAGUUUACGUCGAGAUUUUCCCUCACUGUAGAGAGAGACGGUCGGCUCACGGGAUUGGUUGGCUAUUUCGACACUUACUUUGACAUGCCGAGUGCCGUUUUCUUCUCCACUGGUCCGCACUCCACGCCCACACACUGGAAGCAGACGGUAUUUUACCUGCCUGAACCUCGUGCUAUUAAAAAAGGUGAGAUUCUCGAAGGGUCCAUAUCAGUGCGUAGGAAGAGAAGAGAAGUGCGGUCACUGGACGUCGGGAUUUAUUUUGACAACCAAACUUUCAAGUAUCUAGUAGAGUGAAGCCUAGCCCAGUGUAACACCUCAGCAAUAUCCCUCGAAAUAAAGUGAAUGGAAUCUUAUUUUAUUAAAGGUUUAAAUUUUCAUGUUAUUUUUGUUUUUUAUGACAGUUUUAGGGAUUUCUGUUGUGGCUUCUCAGGAUACAUAUUUUUUUUAUGCCAUUCAUAUUGAGUGUCAUCAUAUUUUUUUUUUAAUAAUAAUAAUAAUAAAAUCUUCUGAGCAUUAUA